AUGCACUUCACUUACAUCCUACUCGGCCUGACGGCUUCAGCCUCCGCUCUGCACCUCCAGAUGCAUAUCCCCAGUGGUUGCGGCGGCGACUAUGCCAUCUGCCGUAACCUGCCCUCGAAUACCUGCUGCCGGGGCUCGAGCGGCAACAUCUUCAGGUCAUUGGCGUUUGUCGACAUCAACAGAUACGGAACUGAACUCCGGGGCUACGAAGGUGGCUUCUGCACGACCAGAGUCCAGACAGAGCGCUCCAACGGUCGCACCCGAGUCUGUCUGCAAGCGGGCUCCUUCUCCGGCGGCGGCUUCGGCUGGCUCAGCAGGAAGCGCUCCGACGGUGGUGCCGAUGAGCAGGGCGCCUCCCAGGAAGACUGCCAGGUCCCCGACGCCUUUGUGCUCGAGGACGGCACCGAGUUUGACCUCACGGGACUGGACGUCGCGACCUACGAUGAACUGUAA